UCAGUCGCUAUCUAAUCUAUAAUCUGUAAUACAAACAAUUCCACCCCUUUUUGGCCCUCAUCACUUAUCCUGUCUCCCAAUGGAGUUGAAUGAACAUCGUACUUCAUUGUUUAUACCACAUCAGUACAGGGAGAUGACAUAUGGCAGUGCAAGCACAGUAUUGACAGAUAAUGGAGCAGGCCUAAUUACCAAUCAGCCUGGACGUACUCCCAAUCACAGACACCGUCCUCUGCAGAAGGAUCAGUAUUUCAUUGUGUCCAUUGUACUGAGUUUUAUUUGCUGUUUCUUUGGAUCACUGGGUCUUUGCUUCUUAAUACCAGCCAUAAUAUUGUCUGUUCAGGCUCGUGAGGCUCAAGCACAUGGAGUGACAGGUAAAGCAGAAUCAAAACGUAAAUGUUCUCUUGUAAUGAUUAUCGGUGGACUCAUAGCUGGACUGUUGCAUUUUGGAAUAAUAUGUGGCGUAACUGCUUAUUUGGCAUAUGUAUUUGUAGGAUUAAGACAAAUAAACAGUGGUCCAGAUUAAAAUUUUUUAAUAUGUGAUUUUUAGUGUGUGUGUGUGUGUGUGUGUGUGUGUGUCUUUGCCUAUUGAUAGGUUUCAGCAAGCUGUUCCUUAAGUUUUUAGCUUACCUUUCAAUAAUAAUAUCUCUUUGUUACAAGAAAAAUUAAGAGAAAGUAAAAUGAGAGGAGGGCAUAGUUCAAAGCACAUGUUAAAUACAUUAGCUUUUUCUUUCAAUAAGUUAGAGCCAAACUGCUUUCGUCAUGCAUAAGAAAUCAAAAUUGUGGUUAGCAGGAUCAAUUAAUUGCAUGGGCGUCAGGGCGUGUUCAAAUUUUUAGCAGGAAAACAAAACAUGGAAAAUUCUUUCGAUUGUUUCUUGUCAGCUACUCCAACUAUUACGGAGCUAACGGAGCAUGUUGAUGUUAGUACUAACUGGUACACUGUUGGUACAAUGCUUGACUUGGAUCAGAAACGAUUGAGAAGUAUUGAAGGACAAACUAGCCACAAUGACGCUCACAAGAUGAUAGAGAUGUUCAAUCUAUGGCUGGCCACUACUCCUACUGCUAGUAGGAGACAAGUACUGGAAGCAUUGAGAAAGAAAGUAGUGGGAGAGAAUACACUCGCUGAUAAAUAUGAAAAGCAUUUGAAGGAGUUACAUAAGGCAGCUUAUUUAGAUCAUAUAUCACCAUCUUCUGAGGCAGUUUCUAUUCUUGAACGGAAUAUUGAAUCAUUAAAUGAGGCUCUUGUCUCUCCUGUACAAGUGUCUCAACUGUUAUACUGUAAGAGAUGUAUAAGUGAAGCUACUCUGGAUGAAAUGGAGAGGAUGGAUCAGAGGAGGUCACUGGAUGACAAGAAGACCAUUUUACUGACAGCAGUGCAAGAAACAGUGGCUAGCGACUACAAGAAACUUAAAAAUAUUACCAUAGUACUGUCUGAUGUUGAAGAAACAAGAGAUAUAGCCAAUGACAUGAUGACCAAUUAUGGGAAAAUUCCUCAAGAUAAUGAUAGUACAUUAGUACAACUACAGGGUGUAGUAGGUGAUAAUGAAGAUCGUGCUAGUGAUAUAUUGAGGAACAAUUACAGUACUCUCUCUCAGUCAAUUACUGAACCAGUUCAUAUGGCAAAGUUGCUUCAUGAAGAGGUUAUAUCUGAUGAGGCUCUAUCUUGUGUCAUGUCUACCAGAGGUUCUGUCUCUGACAGUAGAGCAGUUCUCCUCAAAGCUGUACGAGAUGCUGUUCACUCCAAUUACAAACACCUGGAGUUGUUUGUUAAUGUAUUGAGGAAGUUCUCAGAGACUGCUCAUAUUGGAGAUACUAUUUUUGAAGAAUAUAGAAAGUAUUUCAAUUAUUGUGAUAAUGAUGUUAAAGAGAGUGACAUUUAUUUUUCAAAACAAAAGUCUAUGUCUGCUAGUUCAGAAAGUUCACUAUUUGAUGACAAUGAAACGGAUAAACAUGGUAAUCAUAAAAUUCUUUUUCCCCGAGAUAUGAAAAAAAAGUUUAAAGAAAUGAGAUCAAAAUUUGGAUCUACUUUUUUUCGAGUUCGGCGUAUUUUUUAUAGCAAGAAAACUGCUUUAAAUAUUGAUGAAAUGAAGGAACUAAUUAUUGACUUGUUUCCUGAUCUGAAGUCGCAACUUUCUUACAAAAUGACAAUCAAUGAAAUAUUAAAUGUAGUAAAAAGAAAGUGCAGUAUUGUUGACUUAAGUCCCCUUGAAAAUUUAGCUUUUGAAUUCAACAUAGAAGAGGCUGAGCCAAUCAUUAAAUCAUUCAAAGAGGAAGCUAAGGAUUUCUGUAAGUCAGUAUCAGUGAGUCUUUGCCUUGGUGAGGAACUACAAGCAGUUGCUACUCCAUCUCGCCUUUUAUGUGAAACAGUUGUGUUUGUGUUCAACUGGAAUCCUGAUAAAUGUACCUUGCAGGAUAUCAUUGAUGUUUUGGAUGAGCUGGAGCCACUACAUAAGUGCCACAUACAGAUCGAUAAAGUUGGUACUGGUCGAUCAGUUGUAGUGACCUGCUACUGCCCUGCUGAAUGCACUGGUUUACUUAAAAGUAUUGUCCUUGAGAAGAUAGAUGCAUUACGAAUAAAAGAAUUAAAAGAAUUUAUAGUAGGACAAGAUACCGUAUGGGACACUACUCAGGACUUGCUAGUACAGAUUAAUGAUUUGAAAACUGCUUUAAGAGACAGAGAUCAAAAGAUAAUGGCUACUGAAACAGAGUUAGCAAUAUUUAAGGAAGUAUCAGAAAACAGAUUGAAAGAAUUAGAAGUAUUACAAAUUAAGCUUGAGGAAAGUCAAUGCAUAAAUGCUCAAAAUGAAGAUAUAAUCAAUGAACUUAAAGAAAAAAUGUCGUCGCUAAUGAAAGAAGUGGCAGAGAAAGAAAAUAUUUUGAACCAGAUUAUGAAAGAAAGAGAAGCAAAUACUGAGAAAGAGUUAGCGUCAUUGAAGGAACUGUCAGAGAAUAGACUACAAGAAGUAGAACAAUUGAAACUGAAACUUGAUAACAAUAACAUUGGAGAGAUAUCAGAGACAAAAGAUGAAUCAUCUGAGAGUGAUAGUGACACAUCAAGUAAUGACGACAUAUAUGAUAAUGUAAACUUACAAAAUGAAGUACAAAAUGAUAGAGAGGUGGAAUGGAGACAAGAUAAUGUACAGCUCAUUAGACCAUCGGCAGAUCAAUGUAUGGAGGUAAUCAGUAAAUUGGAGGACAGACAUAUUAGCAUUAUGCUCAUCCGCUCAUCAUCUGAGAGUAUACAAGUCCUAUUACCAGCUAUAUUGGAGAGAAGUACAAUAGAAAUACUUUGUAUACUCUCGUCAUUCUUAACACGUGAGGAUAUCCUCUCAUUCUCUUCUCAAUUAUCAAUCAACAAAUCAUUGAAAAUUUUGAGCCUUGCUCAUGAUUCAAUCAGUGAUGAUGGAGUCAUUGCACUAACACAAUCACUGCAAUGUAAUGAAACACUUCAAUAUUUGUAUCUUGAUUACAAUCCUGGCAUCACUGCAUCUAGUGCUCAGUUACUUGCUGAACUUUUACUUCUUAACAAUGCACUCAGUUACCUUGAUCUCCACCGCACUAACAUUGAUACUGAUGGAGUAAUGAUGUUGAUGGAAUCACUCAAGACCAAUAAUACACUAAGGAUACUUGGGUUAGAUGAAUUACAUCAAGGAACUUGUUCUACUUUACCUUAUUAUGAGCAUAUUAAAAACAGAUUAGAUUUUGUGGAACAAAUAAUUUAAAUAAUUACAAUACUUCGCUUUAUUUAUAAUAGUAUUUUUAUUGGCAAUUGCAAAA